AUGGCUGCUGCUGUGAGUUUUUCCCGCCGAAUACAGAUCUUUAUGCUUCUCUACCAUUCCAUAUGGUCUCUGCACCCGCCUCGUGCUACACCGCAUUCUUUCAGCUUCAACUUCUCCCAGCCCGGUGGCUAUGAUGCCCAAGAUUUCAGUUUUGAGGGCGAUGCAUACUACGACUCCCAGUCUCAGAGGAUCGAGCUGACAAAAGGCGGGGGGAGUCCGAACAUCCAAAACAGCGUGGGCCGAGCAUUGCACUCGCAGCCGGUGCCGCUGUGGGAUGUCGACACAGGCGAGCUCACCCGGUUCACCACCUCCUUCACUUUUCGAAUCAAUGUAAGUGGUCCUGUCAGUGGCGAUGGCUUGGCAUUCUUCCUUGGUCAUUAUCCUCCGACAAGCAUUCCUGAUCCCCUCGACAACGGCAAGAACCUUGGACUCUUUAACCGAAACGUCAGCACGGUCGCGACUGGCGAUGAACGAGCGGUGGCGGUUGAGUUUGACACUUUCUUGAACCCCGGCAUCGACACCAGCGGCAGCCACAUGGGCAUCGAUGUUAACUCCAUCAUCUCGCGGGCUUACACCAACAUCGGCGACGUCACCUACCAUGUGAACACAAGUGUUGACCUGCGUCAGCUCCUGCCCAGUGUUGUGUCCAUCGGCUUCUCGGGUGCUACUGGCGUGGCGGUCGAGCUACACCAAAUAAUAUCCUGGUCAUUUAACUCUACCUUGGAUCCAUCGCCUGCACGGAAGAUUUUGUGGAAACAAAUAGCAGAGGUAACUGGGCCAAUUAUUGGAGUUAUUGCAAUCGUGUGCUUCUUUGUUGGAGUCCGUCGAUGGCAGCUGUGCACAAGAAAGAAGCCAUACAAAGCUCUCGCCGAUGGCCGUAAACAUAUUGGUUAUCAUAAGCUGGCACGUGCGACCAACAAAUUCGCAGAGGAAAACAAGCUUGGUCAAGGAGGUUCGGCCUUUUUUUAUCGGGGCCUUUUGAAAAGUAGCCAGGUGGCGAUAAAGAGAUUCAAGCUGGUUGCAUCAGGCGAGGGGAGGAAGGCGUUCGAGGAUGAACUCAUGAUCGCUAGUCGCCUACGACAUAAGAAUCUUGUCAAGUUGAUAGGCUGGUGCUAUGAUGGCCAGAGGAACCCGGUUGAGUUCAUAUGUUGGUGGUGGGACGAAAGGUACACACGUCUGUUCCUUGUGUAUGAGCUUUUGCAAGAAGGUAGCCUUGAUCGACACCUACACGGGGGCAACAGUUUGUUACCGUGGUCCAAGAGGCACGAGAUUAUCCUCAACCUAGGUUCUGCACUACAAUACCUCCAUGUAGAUUGCGAGCAAGAUCAACAGUGUAUUGUACAUGGUGAUAUCAAAUCGAGUAACAUAUUACUUGGCUCUUCGUCUGGUGCCAAGUUAGGUGACUUUGGAUUGGCAAGAUUUGUUCACCACGAAACUGGGUCACAGACCACGAAUGUUGUACAGGGCACUUUCGGAUAUAUAGAUCCUGUGUUCAUUGACACGAGCAAACGGAAUAGGGAGUCAGACAUCUACAGUUUUGGCAUCGUCCUACUAGAGAUGGUCUCUGGAAGGAACCCAACAGAUCAGAAUAUGCCUCCAUUGUCGUCAUGGGUAAGAAGUAAGUAUGACGGGAAUGCGAUCCUGGAGGUAGUAGACGAAAGGCUGAUAAACGGCGAGGUCACUAAUGGGCUUCAGCAGAAGAAGCAUGCGCUACUCAUCGGACUCUUGUGCGCACACCAGGACCCGAGCAGCCGACCGUCCAUCACCCACGCCAUGAAUGCCCUUGGAUCGGAUUCCGAGGAGCUGACACUGGACAUGACUCCCCUAGAGACGAUUACACACUCAUUGCCAUUAUCUUUGUAG